AAAGAAAGAGCUCUUCUGUACGUGGAGAUACAUUUGGACCCGCCGAUUUUGUUUUCAAGUUUUGUCUUGUGAAAAAUUGUAAACAUACAAUCAUAUUACAUGGAAGAUUUCAUUGAAAAGGGUGGUUAAUGGGAGUGAAAUGAUGCGAACCCUAGUAGAUUUUUAAAAACAGUUAUUCUGGUUGCCAAAAGCAGCACAAGUUUGGAAAAUCGCAGCUAGUAGUUGCUACGAACGCUGACUGAAGUACAGUGGCAUCGAGAUGGCUGACAAAAGAAAGAAAAAGAAACCUUUGAUUGAAAAUACGGAAGAUGAAGAAACUGGAAUGGUCAAUCCAAGUAUGGAAGAAGGAUCAGAUACACAGCAACAAAGUGGGGCUGAAUCAUCAGUAGAGGUGGAUGAAACCCAGGAGGCUGAGUCUCUUAUUAAAGACUUGAAAACAAAGCAUUUAAGCAAACAGAAAGAGCUGUCUAAGGUCAAAUCGCCUAAAGAUGACCUUGCCAAAGAGCUACGUACCAUUAAAAAGAAAAGCAAGGAAAAAGUGGAUGAAACUAUCCGACAGGAAGAGGCAGAGUUAUCUGCCACUGAAGAUGGCACAGUUCCCAUGCCAACAGAAGAGGAGGGUGAAGCAGAGACCCAACUCACCGAGUCAGUUGUGACGUUUGCUGAGACCACAACAGAAUUACAGCCAGAGGAAGACUCAGUAAAGAAACUCAAGAGGAAGAAAGAAAAAGUGGAAGAGGAGGAGGUUAUCCCAUUGAAAGAUGAAGCUGAAGAAACAGCAGUUAAGAAAGAGGAGGAGGAGGUUCCUCCCCCCACCAAGCCCACUACCCCUCCCCCUGAGGAACCGGCCAAGCCCCCUCCCCAGGAGGAAGUUAAAACUCCUCGUGGUGGACUCAAGGCCAGCAUGAAGGCCCGACUACGGAAAGCCAAGGAAGAGGCAGCUGCUGAAGCAGAACAGGAGCAAAAAGAGGAGGAGAAAAAGGAGAGACAACUCAAGCGUGACAAAGACAAGAAAAAGACUCGCUUUGAUCAGCCAGAGGUUGAUGAAGCAGAGCUGGAAGAAAAGGCCCGAGCCUUCAGAUCGCGACUGAGAAAGAUAGUGAAACAGCCGCUAGAGGAAAAGUUACGAAAGGAUUUGCAAAGCAAGGGUGUUUUCAUGCCAACUGCAGAUGAAGCAUUUGAUUUUUUCACACAUGACUUUGAGCCAGAACCCGAGGAACCAAAAGCUGAGGAAGAAGAGGAGAGCCCAAAACCUGAGGCUGAGGAAAAGGAGGAGGGUGAGGAGGCAGGGCCCAGUGAGGAGGGAGCUGAGGAGGAGGACAAGAAGAAGAAAAAGGAUCAGGAAGAAGAUGAGGUUCCCCUAAUGGAGGAUGUGGAUGAAGAAGGGUAUGGUUCCUACGCAAUCAGAAAACCUGAGUUUGAUGAUUCUCCAGAGAUGGCUAAAAAGGAGGCAGAGAAACUCUUCUAUCCAUCUGUCACAUCAGUGAAUGCAGAGGACAAAGCCAAGAUACUACAAGACCUUCAGCCUCGGUUUCUGGAGGAUGAAGGAUUCUAUGUAGGAACUCGGCCCAAGAUAUCAGGCUGGAAUGUCAACAAGAUGGAAAACCGGCUGAUUAAGGAACUUCAUAGAGAGAAGUGGUUUGGUGAGGAUGGAAGGAUGAUUGUGCUACCAAACCCCCUACGCCCCACCCCAUCUCGACCUCCCAUACCGGAGGAACAAGAACCCGAGUUGGAGACCCAGUACAGGAAGGCCAUCUUGCAUGAGUACGACAACCGCUACAUUGAUGGCUCCCUCGACAACGCUGGAUUUUAUCAGCUGGAUGUGGACAUCAAUUCAUUGACAUUUUCCCAUCAUCACCUGUUCAGUCGAGAGCAUGUGUUGGCAACUCGAUUAUCCCAACUGUAUGAGGAAUAUUUGGAUAGACAAAAGAAAAACAUGGCUGAGUACCUAACAGAGAAGCUUAAAGCUUUGAAACUCUCUGCAGUCCACCUAAAGGACCACAUGGCAGCUCACAAGUCAGAACAUGACUACGCAGAUCGCUCAAACUUCCAGAAAAGGCUCCAAGACUACAAAGAUGAAAUAAGGCGAGCUAGAGCCUUGAGAGAUAAAGAAGAGCGGACAGAUCGUCUGUUACUGAAGGCCAUCAUAAAAACCUGGAAGGAGACCAAACAACAGCGAGAGAAGCAGAAGUAUAUCAACACUGCAAUCAAGCUUCAGGUCAUCACAGAGGAAACUAACAAAGAACUGGACACAUCUCUGUGGAAGCUGGAGAUAGAGGACGAGUUAGAGGAAGUGGAGGAGGAAGCACAGGUGAUCUAUAAGAAAAAGAUGGCGGAAUAUGACGAGGCUGUGAAGAAGCAGGCAGAACAGAGAAAGACUAAGGAAGAGGCCCGAGUAAGAAUACACAAGCGAGGCCGUAAACAGUCUAAAGGCUCCAAGGGCUCCAUGGGAUCAAAAGCCUCCAGGCUCAGUGCUGAAAAUGAACCCAAUCCAGAGGAAGAGGCCAAAGACCAAGAAAUAUUGAAUGAACCUGAUGUUGAACUUCCAGACAAACCUGAUGAAUUCAACAAAGAACAGGCCAGAAAGGAAAUUGUGGCUAAAGCCAAGGAAAUCAGAAGGAGGCCGGGGGAACCGAAAAUGUACCCAGAGGUCACCAGCUCCCAGCCAAUCACAGAGACCAGUAAAUGUCCUAGAGCAGAGCAACAGAGAAGAGAUGAAGUCAGUAAAUGUAAAAUGUUCAUGAAGGUUCUAUUCAACAACAAGGAGGUCUCAAGGACACCUGCCAAACCACUGACGCAAGAAUUCGCCUUAAACUUUGGGCAGAUAUUCAACUUGAAAAUUGUCCAGUGGCCUGAAAGUAUCACAUACCAGGUGUACGAGACCCUCGGCUUUGGAGGAGAGAUGAUUUGUGAGAUUAAUUCCUGCAUCCCGGAUGCUUCAGUCACAUCCCAAAGUGUCCAGUUGGAAAACUUGGACUUCAGCAGCGAUCACAAAGUCAACCAUGGGCAUGAAGGCGUGGGCAGUGGGGUGCCAUUUUCCUUUGGAGCUAAAAAUGAGGGGACAGAGACCCUGUACACAACUGGGGAGCUGAAAUGUUCAGUGGCUUGGGCGGUGAAUGAACAGGGACAGCCUCUUGUACCUCCCAGUUCACAGGAACAGAGCAACAUGUUCUAUGCUAUGAGGAAGAAUGAUCCGGUGUCAGCUAUUGGGGCAUCCGGUGUAGUGGAUAUCCAGAAACUCGCCAAAUGGUUUGAAGACUCCAGACUAGAUCCCAAUGAUCCAGCCAAUGCUGAUUUGGUUUAUAUGUUGAAGCCCAAGGGAGGCGAUCCAACCCUGCUUGCACCAAAGGAAUUCUUCCGCUUGGAGCAACUUCAAGAGGAGUUCAAUUUUUGUGAGGAUGAGGUUAUUGAUGAAAACAAACGAUUUAAACUUAUAUAUCUUAGAGACAGUGAAGUUACAGAGUUCAAAAACUUUAAAAUGGUGCCCCUCCUGGACAGAGACAUUCCAAGAGAUACAUUUACAGAGUUUGAAAAAAAGAAAAGAGAGGAAGACAAAUACAAGGAGGAGAAAGACAUUGAAUCCCACAGGGCAGCGGUGUCAAAGUUCAUGCAGAGGGUGAGAGAGCAGGUGAUCAGACGAUUCCGUCUGCUGGCUCACCAGAGACGGCUCGAUGAUGUUGUCAAUGAGGAGGCGGUACCAAAUAUAGCUCUGUUGGGAACAAGUGUGCUCAAACUGACCGAGAGAAAAAGGCCACUGCGUGUUGAAAGGAAGGAAAGGAAAAAGGUUGUACCCCAGACCAUAGAAAAUGUCAAGAUCCUUGUUAACAUCAACCGGGCUGUGUAUGUCCCCAGGAGAGUGGCCACCAGUCAAGGUGGUGCCAUGACAGCACGGAAGUCCGACAACAAAGGGGUCACCAACAUCACUGGGGAGACCGAGGUCCAGCCCUAUAUUGAGGUUAUGUUCCAAGAUGUCUUCCUGCACUCUGAGAUUGGGGAUGGACCCAAUCCCAGCUUUAAUGAAGAACUCGAAAUGCCAUUUAAGGCACCAAAUGAUGACUACACACCUGCUAAUCUACAGACUGUUACAGACAAUAUCUACCUCAAUCUCUUUGAUCAAGUCUUGAUAGAUAUUCAGGAGGAUGACCGUCAGAGAGGAACUACUGUCCACCAGAGGAUAGAGAAGAAGUGGCUAGGGGGACUGACCAUUCCAUUCUCUACUGUGUAUUUCAAUGGAAAGAUUGAAGGCACGUUUAAACUGAACAAGCCCCCUGUUCUGUUGGGAUACACGCAGGGGCCUGACGAGGAGGAAGGAACAACUCCAGGUUCACAUGAAGAAAAUACUUACAUCAGCAUAUUUAUGACAAUAGAGCCCCCACUACAGCCUCCAGAAGCAAUGAGAGAAAGGUUCGCAACAACAGAGGAUGAAAAGCUUCUACAGUAUGCUGAAAACUGGGAGAAAACUCUGAAUGCCAAGUUCAAGGACAGAGAGUACAAGACAACAGUGAUAGACGUGAACGGUAAAACCGUGUUUGUCACCCGAUACUUCAAGGCCUUGGAACCUCCACAGGAGAUCUUUGAAAAGGCAGAUACAGAGGUCAAAAAAAUGGAAGUUGUGGCGCGGUACGUGUCUAUGAUACCCUCGGUGUCAGACAGUGUGGUAUUCCCGGGGCUCUGUGAUAUCUGGAGUACAUGUGAUCAAUUCCUGCAGAUGAUGGCUGGAGAUGAGGAGGAACAUGCUGUGUUGCUGGCUAACUACUUCAUGUACAUGAAGAAAACAACCUGGCUCAUUAUUGGAAAAGGUAUCCCUGAGGGUCCAACAGCAUAUGUAAUGACAGAACAGGAGUCCGAUUACUGGAUCUGGAACGCAGGAACUGGGGAACACUUCAGUUACCGUGACAGUUACUGCCCCUUACAGUCCAUCAGCUGCUUGAUCAAUGCAGAAAAUAUAUGGGCUAACAUUCAACAGUAUGAGAAACCAGCACAAAUGAACUUUGACAUUUCCCAGGGUUCAUCUUGGAGGCCGUUUUUCUCCCGCAGUUUUCCAAACACAGGCAUUGCAAGUUAUCAGCCCGAGAAGCUAUAUUACAAACCAACCAACAAGAAUGCCGUCCUUGACCUUCAAGAGAAGAUAGAAACACUACUGAAGAAUAAGAUAAUGGAAUGGAGGAGCAGGCUAAUUACCCGCUGGAACCGACACUGUACACAGAUCAUGAGAAAACUCCUGCCUAUUUUGGAGGAGAAUCUUGGCCACAACCCUGGAGAGCAAUACCUGACGGAGUUAGAGAAUACGUUUUCUUCUUACAAGGUGUCAGGGUUCCCCAUCAAUAUGUCAUACAAUGAGAUCACUACCAUAGUGGAUUCCGUGUACUCAACUCGCGUCCAUGCUCACGAGACUAGUGAUGUUGAGUUUGCUUUAGCAGUUUAUAUUCACCCCUACCCUAAUGACGUAUUAUCAGUCUGGGUUUAUGUGGCUUCAUUGAUCCGAAAUCGAUGAUUGGACGUGGAGAUAUUUUGUAUGGAAUUACAAUGUACUAAUAGCAGAGGAUAUAAAAAAUUAUUUGACUGUGAUAUAAAGAUUUAGUGCAUUUUAUAAUCUGAGAGACUGUGUAUUUAGCGCAUGUUUUAUUUAUGUAUGUUUCAUUUCCGUCCAAGAGUAUUUGUUUUAGAUCAUGAAAUAAAUGUGAUAAAUUCAUGAAUAAACAUCCGAGAUCCACGG